GUUGUCCGUGCUCUCGCAAGCGCCAGUGCCGAUACUCUGCAGAACUCGCGCUCGGUUUGAUCCAGUUUCGAGCGGACGGGCGUGUGCGUGUGUGUUGCGUACGCGCGUGCUCCUUCGUCAGCUGCUGCGCGCGCCGGGUGUUGGUCGGCGGCGGAGUGCGCUUUUUCGGCCGUCGGAGGCAGGUUGGUGUAGCGGGGCUACACGUGAACACAUCGUGCGGCGCGGCCAGCGACGAACACCGACGCCGUCUUUCGUUCGCACGGAGAGAUCGUGGUGUGUGGCUCGUCGCGAUCGAGCUAGGACGCAUGCGUUCUUCUUGGGCGUCCGAGCGCCGCCCGCAGUCGUCGCCGAAGCACCCCGCCACGGAAGGAGCCUCCCGCCCGCCGCAUCGGCAGCCGAGGUGUCCAGCAGCCCGCGUACCGUACCGCCAUGGCCCAACAGCCCCGCGAGAAACGGCGCUCGCUGCUCCGCUGGCUGGUGUCUCGGUCGCGGGACCGCAAGACGCCGGCCACCACCGGUUCGUCGUCCGGCAACAACUCCCUGCCCCUGGCCUCGCUGCCAAAGUCCCACACCUACUCGGGCGCCUGCUGCAAGGCACCCCAGCACCGAGCCCAGCGGUCCCUGAGCGUCUACGAUGUUCUCGGCGACCCGCAGCAGCCGGCCGCGCCUAAAGGUGCGACGGACGACGCGUCCCAGCGGCCCCUGCUGGCGCUGUGCAGGCUCUGCUUGACCGUCGUGCCGUCGUCGGCGCUGUACCGAAUGACGCGCUGCGGAUGCUACUUCUGCCUCCAGUGCACACGUCAGUACCUGACCGUCAGCAUUCGCGAUGGCAAUGCGUACAUACCAUGUCCUGAUGACAAGUGCCCAAGUGGAGGUGUCUUUGAGUCUUCAGAGAUUGAAAAGCUUGUCGAAAGGGAUGUUUUAGAGCUUUACCUCCGAUGCAAGCUUAACCGAGAUGUGGAGAUGGACCCCAACCAAACUUGGUGCCCUGGUCCAGGAUGUGAGAGCAUCUGCCGUGUCUUCCCACCACUGCGUGAUUGUGAAGCAUCGCCUGUCCACUGUUCGAAGUGCAAGCUCACCUUCUGCUCCUCAUGCAAGGAGCGCUGGCAUGCAUACCAGUCCUGUGAUGAGUUCCGGAGGCAAUUUUCUGAAGAUGAAUUGGCCAACCUGCCAGGCGAAGAAUCUGGCCUGAUCAAGCGCUGUCCACGGUGUCGCAUUCCCAUUGAGCGGGAUGAAGGUUGUGCUCAGAUGAUGUGCAAGCGCUGUCGACACGUGUUCUGCUGGUACUGCCUUGCCUCCCUCGACGAUGAUUUCCUGUUGCGGCACUAUGACAAAGGGCCCUGCAAGAACAAGCUGGGCCACUCACGGGCAUCUGUCGUCUGGCACAGGACUCAGGUUGUGGGCAUUUUUGCCGGAUUCGGCUUCCUUUUACUGCUGGCCUCACCCCUUCUCUUGCUGGCAGCCCCAUGUCUGCUGUGCUGCCGGUGCAGUGGCUGUCAUCGCUGCCUCGACCCUGAGCCAACAACCCUCUGAACUGGGUGGCUGUGCUAGACUCUUGCUAGACUCUGAACCAGAUUGAAAGCAAGGAGAAGACUCCUACUUGCACGAGCAGUGGAGAAGCGCACAUCGGCGUGCUAUGAUCCACAGCUGGCAUCUUCACUGACCGCCAAAUAUGCUGUCUAUAGCAGAUUGUGUUCUGAGCUUCACCUCCACCUGUGACUGUCAUGAACUGUCGGUGUCAAGACUGAAAAUAACAAUGGCAUCGAUGUGGUUGUGAAGCAGAAGCCUCCUUUUUUGAAGUUGUGGCUCCAACACAAGCCUUUGGAAGCUAUCUCUGAACGCUUGUCUCACCUGUGAACGGAGUCGUGAGCCUUAUGGCAUGGACAGCAAGCUCACUGAGAGCAGCAUGAUGGCUGUUCCCUCUCGUGGCAAGUGCUUUUUGUGAACUAUGAGACAUCCUGUGCAAAGCGAGGAGGAAUUGGUUUUGAGCCGGUGUUGGCACAUUGGUGUUACUGCAUUUGGCAGUUACCGAAAUGCCAUUGCAAGGAUAUUGAAACUUUGGAUUAAGAAUGUGGAAUGCUGACUGUAUAGAGCAAAAUCAACUAAUCUCCUCAACAGCUGUCGUAACAGGCUACAAAAAUGUAGACAGGCGCUGAAGUGCUCCGAGUAGUACUGAAACAUAUAGAAAUCACACUUGGCAUGUGCACCAUUCAUUGGUGACAGAGCUUUCAACUGUAAAAAAACCUCUUAUGAAAAAUGCUUUCGUGGAAAAACUUUGAAAUAAAGAACACAAUGUUGGUGUGGCAUUGCUCUUGAAAGCAGUGCAUGUGAGAAGCAAGAUACAUCAAAAUGUUGCCAGAACAAAUUCUGGUAUUCUCACUUCCAAUGCGAGAUUUAAUGCUACAUAGCAGUAUACAUAAACAGCUACACAACUGUGUUUGGCCAGCUCAAACAUGCACCAGAAGUUGUAAUAAUAUGCUGUCAUAGUGAAUUGUAAGCUUCUGCACUGGGCAGUCAUUAAAACGGUUCCUUUCUCAGUUUUCACUGGGACAUUUUAGCAGCAAAAUGCAAAAAAUAUCCAUGUAGUGACACAGUUCAGUGUUUGCUUGUAAAAUUUAGCCCAAUGUAUUACUGCCCACACAAUUUUUGGGGACGCGAAACCAAGCAGUAGGAUAGAUAAAGAGGUCCUGUUGUAGACAUUUCAGCAUCCUAGUACCAGUUGAGCUAAUGCAGCAAACAGUUGAGAGCAGUUUCAUCCUUACUCAAGUCACCCAUGCCACAGUUCUGAACAAAUGCAGCAGUAGGUUCUUUGCAGAAGAGUUGUCACCCCUUGUCCUUAGUUUGUAAGGAGGGGGUUCUGUCUGUAUUUCUUUUCUCGAUGCCGUCCGUGUUCCGCUUGGGACUACUGUUCUAUUAUGUCCACUAGUUUCACUGUGUCCAGCUAUGUUUAGCAGUGUCGUAGCUGACCUGUUGGUAGAUAAUCUGUAGCAUGGUUCCUUAGGCCCUCAGCUGCUGUGGCAACUUCUGUGCCAUUUAGACAGCAUUGAAUAGUAGUGCCGAUUUGGCUUUAUGAAGCUUUGUGGGCCGAGUGAAGUGCAGAGGGUCUUCUCUGAGAGUACAACAUGCUUCACAGCUCAAAGUUCUUGAGAAUGUAGCUGCAGGCUAGAACCCUUGUGAGAAAGCCAAAGGCUCUUUAUUUGUGGUGCUAUACAUUGUCAUCCUGGAACAAAAAAGUCGUGGAGCAGCAAGGGAACAAUGUACAUAGUGUUGUGUUAUGCUGUUGGAACAAUUUGUUUAAAGAUUUCUCCAGAUUUAGAGUGGCAGCGGAGAUUUCUGACCUUGUUCACUGGUCCACGUUGGAGGAAACUGUUCAAUAUAAGAUGUGGUGAUGCUUGGGAUCUAGUUGGCACUCUCUAGAUGUGAACUUUCUUUUUCUGUUGUUUCUGUGGCUAGUUGGGUUUACAGUCAGUGAACCUAUGUACAUAAAUGGAUGCACUUGAUUUCUGUACAUAGGGCAAAGUUUAAACUGUGCAGAUGCUCUUGCAAUGUUUGCAGAAGAGUGGCAACUAUUUGCAAAUGCUAAUUAAGAUAUGCAUGCGUACUGCACACUUAUCUUCUGUGAUAGCUUUCAGAGCAGAUUAGGUCUAGCAGCGAGCAAAGCGGGUCUUGGAAAGAACCAUCACGCUGCGAGUUCUCUGAUGCCUAUGCAAUGCAAAACAUGUUGUUGGCUGUAAAUAUUGCUUGUCUAAAAAAAAAUCAAAGUAUACUGAAGUCAUAUCAAGAUAUUGCAAUCACCUCACUUAAUGCUUCACGUUUUAUGUAUGCACAAGACUGCUUUAUGGUCACCAGAAAUGAACCCUUCAGAAUGGCUUUCGUCAAGUCACCUUGCCAUUAACAUGACAAAGAUGGAUAAAAUAGUUGCUAAAUGUAUUAUUGGAAUAUUAAUGUGCACAAAAUUUUUGCAGAGAACAUCAUCUUCAACUUUCAGUUGCAGUGGCCCAGAACUUUAGGCACUGAUUUAAUUACAUCCCUUGUCAGAGAACUACAGUACAACCAUUUGCAAGAAGAUGCAGAUAAGGAAUGCACGUGCAACAGCACCGUCACCCAUGACUUGGCUUUUGAAAUGUGGAGUGGUCUAAUGUGUUCUCGCCAUUGCAACUGAAAUUGUAAUUUUUGAAACUAUCACACGAUGAACUUAUGUUACCUGUUGGUGCCUUCAAAGCUCUGGGCCACGUUAACCACCAAAGCACAGCAGAUGUAAUGCCCAUUUACAACCAGUGAAAGUGACUGUGCCCGUCUUGGAAAAAACCUGAACUUGCUAGUGAGUAGAUCCCUGGAAGGGCCUCGCCACCAUGAGGAGGGUUUUAAAGUGCUGUUAAUGGUCAAGUGGCCACAUGCAAGUUUGUUCCUGUUUUUGUUUGCUUGUUGGCUGCUGGAGCUAAGAAGGUGGGAAUACCUAGUCGUCACAAGCUAGUCUUGACUGAUGGGGAGGGAGAUUACAUUUUCACUUUGUGCAAACACGAAUAAAAAGACCUGGGCCUCA